AUGGGGGACAGCAGUACUCGAGCCUUUAUGCCGUUGGUCCCGGGUAUGAGAUCUACUUACUACGAGCAGAUAAACAAGCCGCAUUUUCGUCGAGGACAACUCCUGGAGCGCAUGUCGAUUGGCAAACUCACCAGCACCGAGACGUUGCCACCGGCACCGACGAUCGUGUGUUUCUACCUUAGCGAUCGUUCCAUUUCCAUCUCGGAGCCUCGAGUCACUAACAGCGGGAUCCCUCAAGGUGAGUUCAUGCGACGCACAGUCGUUCGCAAGUCCGGCAACAAAAGUCUCACUUAUCCUCGAGAAAACAUCUUGGACGAUUUCUAUUCACCAGAAGAUUUUCGAAUUGGCGGAGAGUUGCGUUUAUACGGACGAACAUUCCACAUAGUGGACUGCGAUGCCGCCACUCGGAAUUUUUACGCUGAAGCGCUCGGCGAGACGCUGGAAACCCCACGCAUGUAUCCAGACGAAGAAAGCUCAAAGAUGAGCGAAGUUGAGGAGCUCAAAAACCAACUACGUGAACGCACCAAAGCUAUUGGUGCUAGUAGAGCAGAAGCGAUGCGUAAAUUUCAUGAUCUGAACCAGAAAGUGCUUCGAUUCUACGCUUCCUGGCGUGAUGAUCAUCCACUGUACCCUGAGACUCGAUAUUUCAUCGUACACUACUAUCUGUGUGACGACACCGUGGAGGUCAUAGAAGAUCGAGACCGAAACCGAGAACGUGGCCGAGGCCAUUUUAGUGUCUUGUUAUCACGGAGGCGGUUAGCGAGAGAGUCAGGUACUGGGAAUCAACAGCAACAAGACGAUGAUGUAGCGACUUACUUCAUUACGGACCGAGAUUUACGCUGUGAAUCACCCGAUACGCCAACUAAGUGGCAGCCAUUUCGUGCAGCUCAAGAUCCUCAACCCCCACUUGCUUCUAGUGGUCGAGGUACGAGUGGGUAUGCCGUGAACAACAACAAUAGUUCCAUGCAAGGAAGACUCGUGGCUCCAAUUCCAGGAGGUCAGAACCACAGUGUAGUGACCCCGUUAUGUCAAUACGACGAUCUAGAUGGGAAGCAAUUGAGAUUUCGAGCUCGAUUCCAAGGACUUCCACGUGGCGAUAUGAACGCUCAACGUGAAUUCGUGGUCACCUAUUUCCUUGAAGACGAAACGCUAGCUGUAUUCGAGCCUCGCGUGAGAAACUCGGGAGUAUUGGGAGGUCGGUUCCUAGACCGUGCUCGCUUUCGAAAAGAUCCCAAGCUAAUUCAAAGUAAUGGUAUGACACAUGAAGGAGUCCCACUGCACUACCAGGCUUCAGAUAUGAACAAUGCACAUGUUGUAAACAUGGAAGCGAUGAAGAAUGUCUUGAGUCGAGCAGGACUAGCGUCAGGUUUGAAUGCACAGCAAAUGAUAACACUAUUCAGGAGGUUCCAGAUCGACAACAACCAGAGCGAGGAGCUACUAUUCGCGUACGACGAUUUCUGCGAUAUCCUCUCAGCUCUUGUGAGUAUCCCACCGUCGCAUGAGGAGCGCAAAGAUACAGAACGUAGCAUGAGCUGGAAGCUGAUGAAUAUCCCGAAACUAGCAACGGGAGGAUCGACAUCCACCGCCUGUGUGACUACGUUUUUCAACUGCAGUCUGACCAAGCAGAAGAAGUCGACCCGAAGGAUAUCGAUUUCAGCUUAA